AUGGUAGCGCGAACUGCCCUCGGCGUCAGCGCAUAUGUUCUCUGUUCGAGCCUCAUGCUGGUCGCCAACAAGGUGACCCUGAGUUUGAUGCCCCUGCCUGCGAUCGUCUUCACCAUCCAGCUUGCAUCGGCAGCAGUUUUUAUUUGGUUCUGCAAGAUGCUGGGCGUCCUAAGUGUUGACGAGAUAAGUCUGCACAAUGUCAAGCUGUUGCUGCCAUACACAAUGUCCUUCGCCGUGGGGGUGUACACCAGCGGUAAGAGCCUGGAACAUUCCAACGUCGAGACGGUCAUCGUGUUUCGAUCCUGCGCGCCUUUGCUAGUGAGCGUGAUCGAAUGGGCGUUUCUGGAUCGCAUGUUGCCUUCGCGGAAGUCGACCUGCGCUCUAGUUGCAUUGGUGCUUGGUGCCAUCGGGUAUCUGCUUGCUGACAGCGAAGUGAAGUUGCAAGGGGUGCAGGCGUAUGCCUGGCUGCUGCUGUAUCUGAUGGUGAUAUCUUGCAACCUGACCUAUGGGAAGUUGGUGACUUCAAGAGUCACCUUCGAGAGUCCUGUUUGGGGCCUGUCCUUGUACACGAACCUUCUUUCAUGUCCCUGGAUGGUCUUGCUUGGCGUGUUCAAUGAAGAAGUCUUCGAGAUUGACCGCUUUCAAGCAACGUCGAAGUCACUGGCCGCUUUAGCUGUUUCCAGUGCAAUUGGCAUCGGAAUAAGCUGGAGCGCCUGGAACUGCACCAGGAUGUUGACUGCCACCACCUACACGUUGAUUGGUGUUCUUUGCAAACUGCUGAGCGUUCUUGUGAAUGUGAUGAUGUGGGACAAGCACGCAAGCCCCCUUGGUAUUGCCUGGCUCGUGGUCUGUAUAUGCGCAGGAACAUUGUACGAGCCAGCACCCAUAAGGCCAACUCCGGAUGGAUCAAGCAAAGGGUUGGUGUAG